GGUAUGGCAAACUUGAAUUUCCAACAAGCGCCUAGAAGCUUAGCUAGUGGCGGUGUUGGAGGUAGAGUGGGUUCAGGAUUAGUGGGUGGUGUUUCAGGGCAUGUGACCCCAACAUUUGGUGGUGCCCUGUCACCGGGACGGGGUUCCACGGCAAUGCCAGGAGGAGCUCCCCCAUCUAUGGCCUCUAGAUCAACAUUAUUUGGACAAAGAGCGUUUGCUGACCGGAGAGUACCAAUGCCGACGCCUCUGUCACAAGCAAACUCAAAUUCAAUGUCGAGUAUGGCGAAUCUGUCGAGGUUCAACGCGGGCAACUACCACUCGGUGUUCGGCGAGGGCGGCGACACGUCGACGCCGCCGCUACUCGACCUGAGCGAGUUCCCGUCGCUGACGGCUCGGGGGGCCGGCGACCAGGCCCCGGCCGCCGCGCCGCCCCCGCCCGGCUCUAAACCUUACGUGGGUAUGGUGAAGCAGCCUACAUCAGAGCAGUCAGAGUUCACGAUGUCUUCUGAAGACUUUCCCGCGCUUCCGGGUACGUCUAUGGGUGGUCACGCGCCUCCCCCUCCCGCUGACUAUGCGCAUACGCCGGACAAACCAUCAAGAAAAGGCAUACAGACGUCGCCGGAUGGCAAAGUAACGAACAUACCGGAGACAAUGAUACCUAACCAGUUUGGUAUAGUUGGUUUACUGACCUUCAUAAGGGCAGCUGAGUCGGAUCCGAGCUUGGUCUCGUUGGCUCUCGGGCAGGAUCUCACAGCUUUGGGGUUGAACCUUAAUUCUCCGGACAAUUUAUACCUUACAUUUGCAGGACCAUGGGCGGAUACGCCCUGCAGACCACAAGACAUGGACUACCACGUGCCCCCUGAGUAUCUGAUAAACGGUUCAAUCAGAGAAAAGCUGGCUCCCUUAAGACUAAGUCGAUAUAAAGAGGAUUUAUUAUUCUACCUGUUUUAUUGCUUCGUUGGUGACGUACUCCAGAUAGCAGCCGCAGCCGAAUUAUACAAUCGCGAAUGGCGGUAUCACAUGGAGGAGAAGGUGUGGAUCUCUCAGGCGCCCGGCAUGCCCAUGGUCGAGAAGACAUCGACCUACGAGCGCGGCACUUACUACUUCUUUGAUGCGCAUAAUUGGCGCAAGGUGGCGAAAGAAUUCCACUUAGACUACAGCAAGCUGGAGGGUCGACCGCAGCUGCCGCCGCACGUGCUCACGUAGCGCGCCUCGCCUAUUGUAGUUUUGUUAUAUAAAAGUACAAGUUAAAA